AGCGCUCAAUUGCAACCGCGUGGCUUUUAACUUAUCCCAUCGAAUGUGGCUUGAGAUGUGUGAACAAUAGUUUCGUCCUAGCUUAAAAGCGAGCUUCCAUCUGCAACUUCUUGUCAUUGCAGUUCACUCGUCUUACACUCUUCGUCAUGGCUGGCAAUGCUGCUGGCGCCACUGCGCCAAUGACGCCUCGCCACGGCGUUAACUCUGAAUCCAAGCCCAACUCCACCCCGCUUGCAGUUGGCUCUGCUGCUAUCAGCGAACAUAUUGGUGCUGUAGGUGUUGAUGUCGAGGACGUUCGUCCAUGGAUCACGCGCGACGUUGAGAACUACAAAGAAUGCGCUGUCGAUAAAAUGUUGGAGGAGCUCCUUUACCGCUGCAAAGAUAACUCAAAACCACUUCCUGACAAGUCGACACUGCUCGAUGAGUCCCUCAAGGCCGUCCUGCCCAUCUGCAACGAGGGUAGUGACGCUCAAUUCAUCAAGAACCAAAUGGUUACUCUUCUGGCCAGCGAAACAGAGCCUCCUAUGUACGUGCCUUUUAUCAAAGCUGCAAACUGUGCGCUCGGUCGACUGAGCGAGCUGGACGCGCCUGGAUUGGUUCCUUCAAAGGCCAAGGACGAUCUCGAGAACAUCAUGUUUUGUCUAAACGACCCAUCAUUGAUCUACCAAAAGUACCAAGGCGAACAGUCCUCACGCAAGCCUGACGUCGUUAUCGUCUCCAACGCAAGCGCUAUGAAGGCGGGGAAAUGUAACAUAGAAGGUGUUUACGAUUCAGCGUUGAAGAAGCCCGUCAAGAAGUUCGAAUGGAAGGAACUUCGAACGACGCUGGAGUUUAAACACACGGAGGCGAAAGCUGAACCACCACCUGCGACUUAUGCAGCGAAGACGACUUACAGUAUCCCUGAAGGGAAGAAGUUUAUGAAGUAUCGGAGGGAAAUGGACCAGGGGACUGAUCCAGAUGCAACACCUUUGCCUGCCAGUGGUGCUGCUACAAAUUCACGCCAGACAUCGAAUACGCGUGCUGCUGCUACAAGCUCGCGCCAGACAUCAAAUGCGCGCGCUGCUGCUACGAGCUCGCGCCGGACAUCGAAUGCGCGUAGUGCUGCUACGAGUUCCCGCCAGUCAUCGAAUGCGGCAGGACGUUCGAACCAAUCUCAGCGAACCAACAACAAAGGAGAGAAGAAGCGUUCCUCUGCUGGUCUAGCCGACGGCGGCCGUAAAAACAAGAAACCCAAGAGGCCGCCGCCAAAACCUCAUCCUGUCGUGCAAAAUGGUUUGUACGCCGCGGAAAUGUUCGCAGCCCACUUUGCGCGGCAGAGCGUCAUCUCUUAUUUGGUGGAGAACGACAUAAUUUACACCUGGUACUUUGAUCGGCAGGGCGCGAUUCAAUGCUCUGGCAUCAACUUCGUCCAGGACCUUCCCCGCUUCAUGGUUUUGCUGCUUGCUAUGCAGCGAAUGCCAUACGCAGAGUGGGGCUACCACACGCUACGUGAGCUUGAAACUCCGGGCGAUAUUCGGGUCGAGGACGAAAAGAUCGGAGAGGUUGACCUCAAAUUUAAUCUGACGUCUAACAAGCGCACCACUCACUUUGGUCUGCGCGGACGUGCAACCACCAUGUUUCCUGUGGAAAGCAAGAAGUUGUCGCGUCUGGUACCGAACCUCCCUCACCAUAACCCUCAUAACCCCACCAAGGAGCUGGUUGCCAAGCUUUAUUGGCCAGAAGAGGCGCGUGAGAGCGAGCCUGACAUUCUCAAGAAGGUGUAUAAGAUUGCGGAGACCGACGAGAGGGUGAGGUACCACGUGCCAGAAAUGGUGUGGUUCCAUAAGUUUGAGGAUACAUCUACGGCGAAAAUUAGGAGCGCGCUGGGACUUGAGGACCCUAAACUAGGCAGGCGCGUCUUCUACAUCAUCAUAUUCAGAAGGCUUGAGCCGAUCACGGACCUGAGCAACAAACCGUUCCUCGUCGCAUGGUGGCACGCCGUCGUCUGUCAUUAUGCCCUCUGGGAAGGACUUGUCCACCAUCGCGACGUCAGCCCUAGCAAUCUCAUGGUAUACCAGACCUCAGAUGGUCGAUGGAUUGGCGUACUCAACGACUUCGACUUAUCAUCUACUCAAGCCGCCCCCUCGGGCCAGGAGCGUACAGGGACAGUACCUUUCAUGUCACUUGGCCUUCUUACAGAGAAAGCCAUCCAAGGCCAGGUCAAGCACCUCUACCAGCACGACGCUGAAUCAUUCAUAUGGGUCCUGACCUGGGUCUGUAUUUGUUAUGACAACGGCGUGUUCAUCGGCAAGGGCACAAAACUCAAUGGCUGGCUGACAGUGGAUGCAGAAGGAUGCCUCGGUGAAAAAAGUAAAUUCUUAUUGUCGGGCCGUGAUGACAUAGAACCCUCGGGAUCGCACCGUGACACCUGGGAGAAAAUGGCGCAAUCUUGCCUUGAUACUGUCAGCCUUUGUUACACGGUGCGUGCUAGUAGAAGAACCUCACUGGAGAACCGUGUCGUAUUUGAGACAUGGCUUGAGGCGAAGUUAAUUGAAUCAAAGAUGCUGUCGCGGGAGUCCCUAGAUGUCCGCGUGUAAUUUACAUCAUAAUAGAAGCUUAUAGAUGUUUUGUAUCUGACUUUAGAA